UCAACGGCUGCGAAUGAGCUUAGAGGUGGUGGUGGAACUUGUUUUUGCGAAGGCUGCUGAGAUAACGAAAGGAAGAGGGAUUGGGAAAGAGCAGUAAGUUGCGUGAGCGGUGCGAGGAGCUGAGCGUCCAUAGUCUAGGUGAAUAUAUUAUUUAUUUUACAUCAAUAUUGAAGGAUGAUGCCGCGGAGUCAGAAAUUGCUGACUGACACUUUUGAUGCGGGGUAAAACCCAGCUCACACGGUUGUCCAAGGAGACCAAAGGCAAACUGAACUUGAUCGGACGACUUGUCAACCCACUCUACAUCCAACUUCGUCGUAUCAUCUUCUCCACGUACACAAUAUUAAUGUCUGCCUACCCUGCAUACACCAUGGGCGGCCUCUGCAUCGUCGGCGGCAUCACUGGGUAUGCAAAAACCCGGUCGGUUCCUUCACUCGUCGCUGGUGUUGGCGUGGGUCUGUUGUUCCUGUGGAGUGCAGAUGUCAUCAGGAAAGGCGCGCCAAAUGGGUUGGAGGGUGCCUUAGGUGCCUCGGCCCUGCUUCUGCUCUCAUCUCUUCCUCGCAUUACCAAGGGUCCGGUGCCCCUUGUGCUCGCUGCAACGAGCAGUGCUGCGGGUGUAUACUAUGGCACAAAGGUGUACAACUUGCGCAACUAGUAAAAUCAGGCUAUCUCCUUCUAGUAUCUAUAGCGUGGUCUUCAAUCAAUUAUCAUCAUCAGCCCUUGCCUGUACUUCCAAUAAGCCUCAGGAUACUCCGUGCUCGACCCCGCAUGUAUCAUUUUAUGGCACAGCCACAAAUUAAUCAAUG